GCGGGGUUUGCGAAGCCGGUGUCGGUGAGGUGUACAUGACGCCAUUUUGAUGUGACAGCGGUGCGACUAGCGGUGACAGAGAACUCUCCAGAAGCCCGAUUCACGAGUUGAAUUCAUUCAGAAAGAGCUUUCUUUUAUAGCGCUUGACAAUCAGUCCUGAGAGGAUGGGGAACGUCUUUGUGAAUCUCUUUAAAGGCCUCUUUGGGAAGAAGGAGAUGAGGAUCCUGAUGGUGGGCCUGGACGCCGCCGGCAAAACCACCAUCCUGUACAAACUCAAGCUGGGUGAGAUCGUCACCACCAUCCCUACCAUCGGGUUUAAUGUGGAGACAGUGGAGUAUAAGAACAUCAGUUUCACAGUGUGGGACGUGGGCGGUCAGGACAAAAUCAGACCCCUGUGGAGACACUACUUUCAGAACACACAAGGACUGAUCUUUGUAGUGGACAGCAACGAUAGAGAGCGAGUAAACGAAGCGAGGGAGGAACUAACAAGAAUGUUGGCGGAAGACGAGCUGCGCGACGCCGUUCUCCUUGUUUUUGCAAACAAACAGGACCUGCCUAAUGCAAUGAAUGCGGCUGAGAUUACAGAUAAGCUCGGGCUCCACGCGCUGCGCCAUCGCAACUGGUACAUCCAGGCCACGUGCGCCACCAGCGGAGACGGCCUGUACGAGGGACUCGACUGGCUCUCCAACCAGCUGAAGAACCAGAAAUGAACCAUUCCACACAUCCUCCGAGUGUGUGUGUGUGUGAGUGAGAGAGAGAGAUGUUGGCCUUGCCUAAACCUUGACUGGUAUAUACUCAGUAUAUUUUUAUCCCGUGUGUGUGUGUGUGUGUUUAACAUGAGACCAUCAUUCAGCACAAACCUCAAUAUUCUUUAGUCUUUCAUAAGGGUUUAGGCUUCGCUGCCCCCCGUCUGUGUGUGUGUGUGAUCGAGUGCAAGUGUUUACUUCAAGUGUGUAUGUUUGGACCAUGCAGUAGGUAUACAUAUUAUAACCCUACGUUCACUCUAGCAAGCGACGUGUGCGUACGUGACGUUCUUUACACCAGUUUCGUGUGUUCCGCAACUGCACUUAGUUUCCUUUUACUGUUUAACAUGCAGAAAUCUUUCCUUAGCAGUUAGCUCACCUUUCUAAUCUGCAUACCACGAGAGGCAAACUACAAGUUACUUGCUAGCGUGAACACGGGGUCAGAGGCGGAGACGGAUGAUGACGUCGAUCUACACACAGAGCCAGGCGCGAAAAUGAACGGUUGUCAGCAGGCGUUUAACUUAUUCCUAAACAGUGAGGAUUUGUUUGUUUAGUUUUUUUCCCUGCAACAGAAUGUAUCUUACAUGUUACGUGACAUUUCAUGUGUACGUCUUAUUUAAUUGCUUUAACAGCCGAAACGCGAGACCGACUAAUUAGCUUGUGCACGUGUCAUUUACUGUGUUGUUUGUUUAUUAACUACUUCACUUCAUUUGAUUAGUUUAUUUAUUAGAUGAAGGUCAGGUAAACAAGUUAAGGAAUGGAAAUGAUGAACAAAUAUGUUGCUUUCUAAAAAAAUAACGUCAAAGGAAUGAACAGAAACGCCGGCUAUCCACGUCUUUAAUAUGUAUAUCUGCGGUUCGGCUCGAGGACGGACUCCGGUGUGCCUUUCCUUCAAAACAACACUCUCUCUCUCUCUCUCUCUCUCUCUCUCUCUUUCUCUUUCUCUCUCUCUCCUCUCUCUCUCUCUCUCUCUCUCCUUUUUUUCUUACUCAAAUGUGGAUUUCAGACAUCAGAGGAGGAAGGAUGGUUUAGCGACCUGCGUGGCGAUUCUGCCUUUAACACGUUUGAAAGAUUUUCCAAAAAAUAGCCGAAGUGUAAAGAAGCGCUGUUUAAUAUUUAUAUUUUAAUUAUUUUUUAAAAUGUUCUCUGUUUACGUGGCUACGCAUUUUAUCUGCACAUGAUCGCGGAUUGCUAGGCCCGCUACUUAGCAUGCUAGCUAGCUAAGAAGUUCCCUUGAAGACGUAGCGGGCCUGGUUGUUGGCUUUAUAAGCUGAUCACGUGACGGUUGCGUGCCAUAAACGAACGUGUUCAAAAGCAGUACAGGAUUAUUCGAUUCCUUUCAAUAAAUCCACCAAUAGUGUUACAGGCAUGUUGACGUCGGAGCAGACGGUCUUUUCUAGGGGUGCACUUUUAUUCUGUUUAAAUAAUGAAGAAAAUCAGCCUUUGUGUGUGUGUGUGUGUGUGUGUGUGUGUGUUUUGUAGCAGGAGCGACAUUGUAACCUGUAUCAGGUUGGGAAGAUCGUUUUCCAUCCUCGAUUGUCCUUUGGUUCAUUUGAAUAAUCACAUUUUUUUCUUUGUUUAUGUUUUAUUCUUUAUUUUCUUCCCGUCCCGCCUCUCCUCUGAUUUCAGUUUCAGUCCUGAACAGGCGAAAGAUGGAGACGAGACGGAAGAACGGGUCUGGGUUCUUGACUGUACACUACCUUUUAACCAAGCACAAUCACAAUACAUUCCCCUCUUCCUUCUAGUUUUGGACUUGAUUUAAAUAAAUAAAUAAAAACCUCCUUCCGUUA